CCAUACAAAAACCAAGGACUCUGGACAAACAAGGGACUGAACAAUUAUCAAAAAACAUAAAAACAGUUAUUGAUCACAAUGAUUAUUGAUCAAUCUGUAAUACACAAUAAUAAUACACAAAAUUAAUAGUCAAGGGUAUGUAAACUUAUGCGCUUAUGCUUAUUCAGAACAGUACAAAAUAAAAAAUAAAAAAAACAUGUAUUUUUAUGUUCCCUCUUAUUUUGUUAAAUCAUAACAUCUUGCAUAUUCUGCAAGGAGUAUGUAAAGUUAUAAGCAGAACUGGUUUUGUUUAUUUUUAAUAAGCUAACGCAUGCUGAACUGUACUGAACUUUUGUGAAAAGAAAAGAAAGAAGCUUCUCUGGUUUUAGUUCCCUGUUUAUUUUAGCUGAGUUACUAAAAUGAAAUUGUUGAGAAAGCACAUUUACUGACUGGAGAGGGUAUAUGAAUGUCAGUAAAAGGAGGAAAUUAUAGAUGAGAAGGAGAUGAGGUGAAAACAAGGUGAAAAACAUCACAUGAGUUUCAUCUAUUAGAAUCUAUUAGAGUGGUUAAGAGCUUGAUCUUUGACUUAUACUGCUAAAUUUGAGAGAUCUUGAUCAUUCAUCAUCUCAUCCUCUUCAUCAUGAUGAUGCUUCUUCAUGUGCUGAUGCUGUCACUUGUCUCCAGUGUUUCGGCUGAAGUUGUGGAAGAUUUUGAGGAGAAGUGUGGUCAAUUUUUUGCAGGCAGAAAAUCACCAACAACAUUUACUGGAUCACAGUAUGAGCAGAUCUGCCAAACUCUAAAUGGUGUUGUUCAUUAUGCCACAUAUUAUGAUACUAAGAACAAGAUCCCAGUGUACUCAGCCUACAGGUUUGAAGGGAUAAAGAAAUGCAAACGACUAAACAAGUGGUACAUUGAACCCAACCUUGAUGGUGGUGAUAAUACAGACAUGAAAUUUGAGAAAGAUGUGAAUAUACCUAGACUUGGAAGACAUCAAGCUCUCAAUAGAGAUUAUGUGAGGUCUGGGUCUGACAGAGGUCAUCUGCAACCGGUCUUCCAGGCAAACUCCCAGAGCUGUGCUGAUGCCACCUUCACUCUCACUAACGCUGCUCCACAAAACCCCUCUUUUAACAGAGGUCAAUGGAGGGCACUAGAAGAAAAAAUGGCAAAUAAACUAUCUGAGCAAUGCAAAGAGUAUUCUGCUUUCAUUGUAACAGGGGUGACACCAGGUAAACGUAAAUUGAACAACAGGGUGAAUGUGCCUAGAUAUUUCUGGACUGCAUACUGCUGCUUAGACAACAAUGAGAAAUGUCAAAUCUCAGGAGGAUUUUUUGGAGUGAACAAGAACCACACUCCCAAAGAAAAAACUGUGAAUGAUUUAGAAAAAUACUUGAAAAAGAUUUAUAAAGUAAAAUCUUUUAAGGUGUUUGAUAGCUCUACAGAACCAGCAAUGGAAUCUGGGCUAUUAUUUUAAUUAGCAGCUGAAUCACAAUGAGAUUAAUAAAGAAACUCCAGGUUAUACAUAUAAUUCUCCAAUUCUUCUAAUUCAUAUUGGUGUCUUAGACUGUAACUGAGACAAUUAUAAUGUGUAUAAAUGAAUUGCAUAUUACACCAAUAUGGAAUAAAGAUUGAAAGAAAAUAUAUUUUAAUAACAAAAAAGACAGCGCUUUUUGCUUCAAAACCCUUAUUGAGCAAUUCAACUUUGCAAACAUUUUUGAGGGAACUAUUUUGAGUUAUGUUUUAUGCAGAUUAGAAUAAUUUCAUUAUAACAAACUAAUUAAUUAAUUUCUAAUGCUGAUAACAAUAUUGCAAACCUUGUGCUGGAUGUCAGCUGAUUUAGAGACAGAAAACUUGAUGGAACAACAAUGAAGCUGUUUCAUUAAAAAGUUGCAUUAAAGUUUGCAAACAUUUUUGGGGGAUUGUUGUGUAAUAGUAAUUGAGUGAUAUUAUGUUGUAUGUCUUAAUCAAAUGACAAAUUAAAAUGACAAUUAUCUGUAAAAUUAUAAAGAAAAUGAUUAUCAUUUCACUGUAGCCAUUAUCAUUAUAAUGUCUCGAUUGUAAAUCCAUUAAACUCUGAUACCUCUAAUAAAAAUCAUUAAUACUGCAAACCUUA